CACAUUCCUUUAGGGCUCCUAUAGUCAUUUCCUCCCGUCGGUCUCCGGCGACCGAUCUCUACGUCGGUGAAGAUGGUGGGGACGCAAUCGGAGAGAGAAGACAGAGUUUCCUUGGAACUCACCGAAGAAAUCCUACAAAGCAUGGAGCCCGGGGCGGUUUUCAGAGACUAUAAUUGUAGGAUCAGUUCGAUCGAUUUCCACAAGCCAUCGAGUUACAUGGUAACCGCUAGUGACGAUGAUUCGAUUCGCCUUUACGAUGUUGCGAACGCGACAUGUCUGAAAACAAUCAACAGCAAAAAAUAUGGUGUCGAUCUUGUUUGCUUCACUUCGCAUCCUACAACUGUUAUCUACUCUUCAAGAAACGGCUGGGAUGAAUCUUUGCGGCUUCUCUCCUUGCAUGACAACAAGUACUUGCGGUACUUUAAGGGUCAUCACGACAGGGUUGUUUCCCUUAGCUUGUGUUCUCAUGGAGAAAGCUUUAUAUCUGGUUCACUAGACCGAACUGUUCUGCUUUGGGAUCAAAGGGUGGAGAAAUGUCAGGGUCUCUUACGGGUGCAAGGAAGACCUGCCGCAGCGUAUGAUGAUCAAGGUUUAGUCUUUGCAGUUGCCUUUGGUGGUUACGUAAGAAUGUUUGACGCCCGCAUGUAUGAAAAGGGUCCCUUCGAAACGUUCUCUGUUGGAGGUGAUAUAUCUGAUGCAAACGUUGUGAAAUUCAGCAACGACGGAAGGCUCAUACUUCUCACAACCAUGGAUGGGCAUGUGCAUGUACUCGACUCGUUCCGUGGCACACUUCUAUCGACGUAUAAUGUAAAACCAGUUUCUGGAGAAUCCACAUUGGAUGCAACCUUCAGCCCUGAAGGGAUGUUUGUCGUUUCAGGUACCCUUCAUCAAUUGCGAGGCUCGGGCGACGGUAGCAUCCAUGCAUGGAAUGUACGGAGUGGAAAACAGGUACAUACUUGGAGUUGGAUGGCUCAUAGCAGUGAACCGCCGGUAAUAAAAUGGGCCCCUGGAAGUCCGAUGUUUGUCACCGGAUCUUUAGAACUUGCCUUUGUCAUCCCGGACUUGUCUAAAUUGCCUGCUUAUGCCAUUAGGAAACAGAAUCUUCAGUAAGACGAGUAGAUUUCUACCGUUAUUCUUUCUAGGGGUGGACAUUUCGGUUCGGUUAUGAGGAACCGUACCGUAUCAAAUCAAAAAUCUCGGUAUUUUUUACGAAUUGUACCAUUCAAAAUUCUCGAACGAUAUGUUUUUUGAAUUUCUCAA